AUGGCUGCAUGGAAUCCGAAUUUGCAGAAGGGCGCCUUCUAUUUCUCAUUUGUUUUUUUUGUAGAUGAUAGCAUCAUUUUCACAAGGGCUAAAGAGGGGGAAGCAGAUGUAAUAGCUGACUUUAUUGCCGGUUAUGAAUGGGCUUCAGGCCAACAAAUCAAUUUGGAUAAAUCAGAAAUCUCAUUUAUCAAGAGUGCCUUGCAAGUGGUCAAGGAGUUGAUAAGAAAUAAGUUGCGGGCUCGAGCUAUCAAGCAUCAAUCCAUGUAUUUGGGUCUCCCAGCAGUGAUUGGAAGGAGUAAGAAGCAAGUUUUUCAAACCAUUUAUGAGCACGUAGAGAAAAAGCUGAAGGGGUGGAAGGAGAAAACGUUGUCGGGUGCUGGUAAAGAAAUCCUCCUUAAGACAGUUGCUCAAGUCAUUCUUAACUGCACCAUGAGUUGUUUUCCCUUUCCCAGUGGAGAUUAG